CCGGGGAAGUGGAAGCGCCGGGUCCUGCUGCGGGGGGGAGAGCCACAGACGCCGGGACCGGGACCGCCGCCGCCGCCGCCGCCAUGAGUGAUCAGCAGCUGGACUGUGCCUUGGACCUAAUGAGGCGGCUGCCUCCACAGCAGAUCGAGAAAAACCUCAGCGACCUGAUCGACUUGGUCCCCAGUCUAUGUGAAGAUCUCCUGUCUUCUGUUGACCAGCCAUUGAAAAUUGCCAGAGACAAAGUGGUGGGAAAGGAUUACCUUUUGUGUGACUACAACAGAGACGGGGACUCCUAUAGGUCACCAUGGAGUAACAAGUAUGACCCUCCUUUGGAAGAUGGGGCCAUGCCGUCUGCUCGGCUGAGAAAGCUGGAGGUGGAAGCCAACAAUGCCUUUGACCAGUAUCGAGACCUGUAUUUUGAAGGUGGUGUCUCAUCUGUCUACCUCUGGGAUCUGGAUCAUGGCUUUGCUGGAGUGAUCCUCAUAAAGAAGGCUGGGGAUGGAUCAAAGAAGAUCAAAGGCUGCUGGGAUUCCAUCCACGUGGUAGAAGUGCAGGAGAAAUCCAGUGGUCGCACCGCCCAUUACAAGUUGACCUCCACGGUGAUGCUGUGGCUGCAAACCAACAAAUCCGGCUCUGGCACCAUGAACCUCGGAGGCAGCCUUACCAGACAGAUGGAGAAAGAUGAAACCGUGAGCGACUGCUCCCCACACAUAGCCAAUAUUGGGCGCCUGGUAGAGGACAUGGAAAACAAAAUCAGAAGUACGCUGAAUGAGAUCUACUUCGGAAAAACAAAGGACAUCGUCAACGGGCUGAGGUCUGUGCAGAUUUUUGCAGACAAAUCAAAACAAGAAGCUCUCAAGAACGACCUGAUGGAGGCUUUGAAGAGAAAGCAGCAGUGUUAAACCUCUGCUUCCCGCUAACCAGACACGCCAUGCACUCGUUAGAUUCCUUUCUUAGAAAACUCGUUUUCUGCCCCUUUCCCUCGUGCCCUCCCUCCCCGACAGGUCACAUAACAACUUGCAUCGCUGACCGCUGUACACAGCGCCAUCUCUCCCGAGAAUAAAGCCCGAUAAACACCCUUCUCCGGCUCUGAGGCCUGCUUCCCACCACAUUUUGCUAUCGAAACUCUUGAUAUUUCCAUAGAGACCGUGUGUUUUUUGUUCACCCGGGCCCCCUGUACCCCCCAUUUGAAGACCUAAAAUACACUGUCAGCCUCCCCUUCCCUCCCACCUUUUUGUUACAUUGGUGUAAAAAAUGUAAAACAAAAAAAUUUUAUGAAAUAACUGUGGUGUGUGAAAGAUAGAAGAAAAACUGGAAAUCUGAUUCCAUGUGUGUUUGGGAGCUGCUUUCGGUGGGGGUCGGGGAAUAGAGGGUCGCUCUGGGAGGAAGGAGAGGUGGCCCUCAGCAUUGUCCUGUGCAGACUCGCCCCUGUCCCACGGAGAGCACCUUGUGGGGAUGCGGGUGGGAGUGGGGACCUGCUGACCGUUCUGCUCUUCUGGCCAGGUGCUUUUCUGUCAAUUUUUAUGGAAUGCAAAAGGAGUUUUUUGUUUUAUUUUGAUUUUUUGUAAAAGCUUAAAAAAAAGAAAUCUACAUCUUAUACUUGAGCCUCCAUACUUAAAAAAAAGAAAAAAAAAACAAAAAAAAUAAAUAAAAAGAAACUGGGACACAGUU